CCCGCUCCCCGCGGAGGUCCAGGUCCGGGAGGUGUCAGUGGAUCACGGGAAGCCAAGGAGAGCGUACUCGGGCCUCCCAAGGCCUGCUCACCGCGCACUACUCACCGUGUGAGGCCGAGAGCGCCGAGCGCAGAGCAGAGAUGAUGCUGACAGGAAUGACAAGGCUUUUCUCCAGGGUCCAGAAGUUGGACCCAAGGUGUUUUUUCCACAUGAGUGCCCAAGGAGCUCAGAGCAAUCCUGUUCCAGCUGAGCAUCCCAGAGCUAUUUCCCGCACCGGUGACAGUGACCCGGCUAAGCAUGGGGAGCAGCAUGAGGGCCAGUACUACAGCAUCCCCCUCCAGGAUCUGAAGACGGUAUUUCCUCAUGGCCUGCCUCCUCGAUACAUGAUGCAGGUGAAGACCUUCGGUGAGGCUUGUCUGAUGGUAAGGAAACCAGCUCUAGAGCUUCUGGGCUACCUGAAGAACACCGAGUUUGCCCAUCCAGCUGUGCGGUAUCUUCUCUAUGGGGAGAAGGGAACAGGGAAAACUCUCAGUCUUUGCCAUGCUGUUCAUUUCUGUGCAAAACAUGACUGGCUGGUUCUGCAUAUCCCGGAUGCUCAUCUCUGGGUGAAAAACUGCCGGGAGCUCCUGCAGUCCGCCUACAACAAAGAGCGCUUUGAUCAGCCCCUGGAGGCUUCUACCUGGCUGAAGAACUUCAAAACCACAAAUAAGCACUUCCUGAGCCAGAUAAAAGUUGAAGAGAGGUACGUUUGGAAUAGGAGAGAGAGCACGGAGAAGGGCAGCCCUCUGGGAGACAUUGUGGAGCAGGGCAUUACUCGAGUGAGGAACGCCACAGACGCUGUGGGGGUCGUGCUGAAGGAGCUGAGGAGGCAGAGUUCCCGAGGACUCUUCCGCCUUCUGGUAGCAGUGGAUGGGGUCAAUGCUCUCUGGGGAAGGACCACACUGAGAAGAGAAGACAAGACCCUGAUUGCCCCAGGGGAACUAUCCCUCGUCCACAGCCUGAGGAAAAUGAUGAAGAAUGAUUGGCAUGGAGGUGCAAUUGUGUUGAGUUUAAGCCAAACCGGGUCCCUCUUUAAGUCCAGAACAGCGUACCUGCCGCACGAUCUUCUGGGAAAGGAAGGAUUUGAUGCCUUAGAUCCUUUUAUUCCCAUCCUUAUUUCCAACUAUAAUCCAAAGGAAUUUGAAAGUUCUUUUCAGUAUUAUUUAGAGAAUCAUUGGCUUCAGCAUGAGAAAGCUCCAACGGAGGAAGGGAAGAAGGAACUGAAGUUCCUGAGUAAUUGCAACCCCGGGCAGCUGGAGCGGCUCUGCGCCUCCUUGUAAGCACCAACAGAGACAGCAUUCCUGGAAGAUGCCUCCCUUCCUGCUACCUCACGUGAGGAAGCCCCUGUGCACACGUGGGACAGCCUGGCCUGCAGUGAUGGGACAUAUGGCGAUAGGAUGUCCGUUGUCCCUACAACUAAUACCAGUUUUUUGUGGUUUUCACAUUAAAGAUAGAUCUGUUUCUAA